AUGAAACUCAAUCACUGGGAUGUGAAGCAGGCGUAUACACACGCCACGCUAGACGAGGAGGUUUUUCGAAGGCUCCCCGUUGGGUGCGGGGACAAAUCGCAUAAUAUUGUUAAGGCUGAGCGUGCGAUUUACGGUCUGAAGCAGAGCGGUAGGCAGUGGUACCACGCUGCUAAUACACUAGUCGAGAACGGGUUCGAACAAUGCAAGGCGGACCCGUGUGUUUUCCGCAAGAUGGUAGACGAAGUCGUGGUGAUGAUUAUCGUGAUCUACGUGGAUGACAUUUUGGUGGCUGGGUCUGACGAGGAUUGCGAGGAGUUGCUUGCUUCUCUCAACAAGAAAUUUCCCACCACAAACCCUGGAGAGUGUCAAUGGCUUGAUGGGUGUGCCAUCGUGAGAGAUGUAGAGGCUGGGACGCUUGGAAUCUCCCAAACCGCGUAUAUCGACAGCAUGGUUAAACGCUUCGAUGUGCAAUCGACUUACCGCAUCCCCGCUACCCCUGGUGCCGAUCUAGGGCCGAAGCGAGAGGAUGAGGAGGGAGGGGAGUGGCCGGUGAGGGAGGCCAUCGGCAGCAUGAUGUGGGUGUCGACUUUCUCGCGUCCAGACGUCUCGUUCGCCGUGCGUGCGGUAGCGCGCCUCGCCCACGCCCCGGCGAAGAGGCACUGGGAUGCCAUCCAGAAGAUUCUCGGCUACUUAACGGAGACGAGGGACCUCGGCAUCACCUAUCAACGGGGAUCGGGGUCAGGGCUGGCCGUGUACGUAGACGCUAGCUACGCCGACAAGGAGAAUAGGCGUUCGUUCGGUGUCAGGGUUGGCGACGACGGUUGGAGGUAUCGUAGCCAUGGUAGCAAGACGCAGAGCAUCGUGUCUUUGUCUUCGACGGAAGCCGAGUACAUUGCUGCCGGGGAGCGUGUCAAGGAGGCGUUGUUUGUGCGUGAUGUGCUUUCGUUUGUUGCCCCAGAGACCAGUGGUAGCAGCAUCCAGGUCCUUGAGGACAACCAGGGGGCCAUAGCGAUAAUGCAGAACCUCCUCAGCUCAGGUCGCACGAAACACAUCGACGUGAGGUUUCAUUUCAUCCCCGGAUUGUUUAGGUCGGAGGAAAUUACGGUCAAGUUUGUUUCGACAACAGAGCAACACGCGGACCUCCUUACCAUGGCCCUUGGCAGGGCCAGCCUGCAGUACCCCCGGCGCAAGUUGAUUAGCUGUAGCAGUUUUUAG